AUGAAGUAUAUGAAGCAAAUCAUGAUAAACGCUGGGAAUAAUAAUUACAAAGAGUUAAAGGAACUGAGCAACGAUAGGGACGCAUGGAGACGUAAAGAAACAGAUUAUAUUGAUAAAGCAACACUAUAUCAACCAAACUCCGCUCAGAGUAAGUUUUUCGUUAUCAAUGGUUAAUCGUUGCGUAUGGGUAUACAUUAAAUUUCCCUUCUACUAUCUUUCCAACUUUUCACCAACAACAGUGACCCGCACACGUGCGAAGUAUACCCGUCUUUUUAUAUGCCUUAAACGUUUGAUUUUCAUUAUAGAUAUGAAAAAUAUUUUUCUAAAAAUACUAAUGUACGUAACACACUAACUACUGGAUAAACCGUGUAUAAAAAGAUUAGAAUUUUCAACCGGGCAACAUGGGUGGAUAGAUGUAGACGGAUCGAUAAUACGAUAAUGGCAACGGAUCGCGGUUUAAUAACCGCUCUGUAUAAUACCGAGUCUUAUAGAUAUAAGUAAUUAAUAGUUAUUGAAAUACCGCGGCUCGUUUAAUUAUUAAAAUAUGCAAAAUUAUACGAUUAUUAUACGCGACUAUCGUAUUAAAAAUACGUAUACGGGAAGGUUACUGGACGCGAUAGUGGUUUUUUUUUUUAUAAAAAUACUUAAGAAAUACACAUAAUAUUAUGGAGUAAAAUUAGGACAAUUCAUUUCCGAUUCUAUAGUAAAUAAGGUACCGUGAACUAAAAAUUUUGAAAAAUAAUAUUUCUCGAGAGACCGCGCGUUUCCCAUUAUCUUUUUACAUUACAGAAAAGUUGUUAGAUUAAACUUUUCAAGAGUUUUUAUUGUACCAAAAGAAAAAAAAAACAAAAUCGAAAAAGUCAAUAUAGUGAAAAUAUAAUUCAACCAAUAUAACAGCGAUUUAUAAUUUAAAAACUAAUAUAUAUAUAGCGUGUAUAUAGUUUGUAACUGGUUUGCUCAACGAGACCGUAAUUCGAUAUACGAAAGUCGAAUUCAAUAAUUUAUUUUAUAACAAAAAUCUUACGUACAAAAGUAUACUUAUACUCUCUUAUAAAUUACUCUCCUAUACUUCGAACGUUAAUUGUGGCAUUAAAGGUUGAAAUUAUAGAGCCUAAGCAUAAAAAAAAAGCUUAAAAAGGAGAAUAUUUUUAAGAGAUAAAGAACAGUUAUUCCUCGAAAAUGUACAAAACAUAAAACCUAACUUGUUUAUUUGUUUUUGAAUAUGAGAAAUUCUGGACAUUGUAUUGGUGUAACUGUGAUGUGUUUAUGCUGUGUCUGUUAACAACUUGUUCUCUCUAAAUUUUAUUUCAACCGAAAACUUUACAGAAACUUUCUUGUGACGUAUUGAUCUAUUUGGGGUAUUGGCUAGGUUUUUUUUUUUUUAAAUAUAUUACUUGUAGUUUCCUUAACAAGUGGGAAAAAGUGACGAUGUUUUGUAAAAUUGUUGUCGGUUUUUGUGUAACCUAGACGACGAGGGAAAAAAUACGUCUAAUAAUACUCAGCAGUAUCAGCUCAGUUUUGCUUAUAAUAGCCGCGUAAGAACUAAAUAAAUUCCGAAAUCAGGUCAGAUAGGCAAACAGGGGAAAAAAAUGAAAUUGUGUAUCGCAACGUAGAAAUACUACAUUUUUUUUUUUUAUUGUAAACCGAUACGGCGUGACCACCGGGGCCUUUCGCGCGGGAGACUAAUCGGGUAUAGGUAUCCGCUCGUGAAGCGGGUGCGCGCUUUAUAAUACCGUAUGCAUCACGUACACAUUAUGUAGAGGCGGAGACGUUUCGUAAACGCGACGGAGUCGACCUUAUCGGCCGCACUCGUGAUAUCAUUACGGCCGGGAACGGUGAAAACGUGACCUAAUAAUAACGGGCGAUAGGCCGGCCGUGACUUUCCCGCGGGUUGACACGCCUCUCCGCGGAAAGCCUCCGUGGCGCACCAACGCGUGCACAGGGCGUGUAACCGGAGUUCUUCCGGGGUGAUAAGAAGCGCGACCUUAAAUAGGAAGAGUUAAGAGAUUCGACUUGAGGUGUUAAAAAUUUGAAUUUAUUACCGGUACGAAUCGAAAUACGACGCCGACGAUCGCGGGCGGGCCCGGACCACGGUGACUUCAAAAUGCGCAGGCCUUCCCGACGCGGUUUUGGCGAAUUUCUCCUCCUACUUUUUGUUUAGGCCCAACGUGGUUCUUCGACCGCACAAAAGAUGUUAUAGGUUUUAGAUUCGCCCUCAGUUCAUCGACUCCCUUGGAAUCACUACUGCGAUUAGGUCUGGAAUUCGGACGAGAUUUGUACAUAACGAACGAAGGUGCAA